AGAGCCGCCGCCGCCGGAGCCGCCGCCGCGAGUGUUCAGAGCCGGGCUGCUGGCAGCCGGGCGCUCCGGGACAACGCGCGGAGCGGGCGGCUCCGGGACGCGGUCGCAGCUGCUUUUGUUGCAGCCUCGGGUCCGGAGUAUACAGACUUGUUGUCAGGCAGAGGUCAUGGAUGAAGAGAAGUAAAGAAUUGAUAACUAAAAAUCAUAAUCAAGAAGAAAUAAGUAUUCUUCGUUGUUGGAAAUGUAGAAAAUGCAUAGCAGGUUCUGGUUGUUUCAUGGAAUGUCUUGAGAAUCAAGUGACUGAGGAUAGACAUGAUUCAGCUGAUGAUCAAAAUAUUUGUCAUGUGUGGCAUAUGGAUAUAGAAGCCCUUCCAGAAUGGAUACACUGCCUAAUACAAAAAGCCCAGUGGACAGUUGGAAAACUGAAUUGCCCUUUCUGUGGGGCCCGUUUAGGGGGCUUUAAUUUUGUCAGCACUCCAAAAUGUUCCUGUGGCCAGCUUGCAGCUGUACAUCUCUCCAAAAGCCGGACCGAUUAUCAGCCAACACGGUUAGGCCGACUAAUGAGACCCUCGCUGAAAUACUUGUCACAUCCUAGAGUUCAGUCAGGUUGUGACAAGGAAACUCUGCUGACAGGUGACGCCUCCAAAAACAGAAAUCACAGGCUUUUAAACAUGGCCCAAAACAAUAACGGUCCUGGAAGAUUAACGGAAGCACUCUGCCUGGAGGUACGGUCAACGUAUUUCAAGAUGAAGAAUGAAAAACUGCUCUUCAAAGCAUCAGAUCCAAAAUAUCAGCUUUUUGUUCCGCAGCUUGUGACCGGCAGAUGCACUACGAGAGCUUUUCAUAGAAAAUCACAUAGCUUGGAUCUGGACAUCAGUGAGAAACUGACUUUAUUACCCACUUUAUAUGAAAUCCAUAGUAAGACUACUGUGUAUCCCAGGCUAAAUGAAACGCAGCCUAUUGACCUUUCGGGCUUGCCUUUAGAAUCGAGUAAAAAUAAUCAUUCCUUUCAGAUUUCAUCCAGUUUUGAUCCUAAUAUGCUGCUGCAAAGAUUUUCAGUGACUCCCCGUGAGACCCCGACACAAAGAGGAGGAGAAUUUCAGUGUGGUCUAGAAGCUUCUGCAGUGUACUCUGGUCAUGCUAGUUCUAACAACCUGACUUUCCUGAUGGACCUGCCCUCAGCUGGCAGGAGCACACUGGAGGCCCCAGAGCAGCAAGAGCACCUCUCUCCUCUGGACUUCCUGCACUCAGGCAGUUUUUCAUUGGGUGCCAUUAAUCAGAGGCUCAGUAAGAGAGAAAAGAGCAAGCUGAAGAAUCUGAGACGGAAACAACGAAGGCAUGAAAGAUGGCUGCAGAAGCAGGGUAAAUGUCCAGGAGUGGGAUUGCUGGAUCAUAUGACUUUGGAUAAUGAGAUGAGUACAGAUGAUGACAAUGAAUAUGCAGAGGAAAAGGAGAGCUACAUCUGUGCAGUGUGUCUGGAUGUUUAUUUCAACCCCUACAUGUGUUACCCUUGUCACCACAUCUUCUGUGAGCCCUGCUUACGGACUCUUGCCAAAGACAAUCCCGCAAGCACUCCCUGCCCAUUGUGUCGGACAAUUAUUUCCAGAGUCUUUUUCCAGACAGAACUGAACAAUGCCACAAAAACAUUCUUUACUAAAGAAUAUUUGAAAAGAAAACAAAGCUUUCAGAAAUCCAGCUCUGCAAAGUGGCCCCUACCAAGCCGCAGAAAAGCAUUCCAUCUUUUUGGAGGUGUUCUGCUCCACAUCAUCCUAAGCUUUAGGACCGAGGAUGAAAGAGCAGCCUCUAUCUGGUACACUGCUGGUUGUGGAGGAGGAAAAGAGACAGCUGCAGCAUCUCAAGCUGAUAAAUGCUCUACCCAGAAGCAACACACAGCAUUUUCUUUGGACAGUCAUUUUCGUUUGUCAAGUCUGGUGGCCAUGCCUAAGGGGCAGGGAAGUGCAAACAAACCAGGUUUCCACAGACGUGCAGCUCCAGUUACAAGAAGGCAGUUUCCACAUGGUGCACAUAGGAUGGAUUAUCUGCACUUUGAGGAUGAUAGCCGUGGAUGGUGGUUUGACAUGGAUAUGGUGAUAAUCUAUAUUUAUUCAGUGAACUGGGUCAUUGGAUUCAUUGUUUUCUGCUUUCUUUGCUAUUUUUUCUUUCCAUUUUAGGAAUUUUCAUACCUUACUAUGGUUGAACAAUUACAAAUGAUGUAGGUAACAAUUACUUAAACAUUUUUUUAAAUGUGCUUUGAAGUUUUUAUAAUGUUGCAUUAUAUAAAUUGUUGGUGUUUAUAGAAAAUCUGAGAAUGGACUUAUUUAUGAAUGUUUUUCAUGUAACAAACUCAACUUUAUUCAAGAGCUAAUCUAUCUAGCACUUAGCAACAACGCACUGUUAAUUUCAUAGUUCUUGGUUUCGGAUUUGUGGCUCUAAUUUUACAAUGUCACUUUUACAUUUAUCUUGAUUUUAAAGACUGAGGUUUUCCCUCCACUUAAAAAUAGUAAAAAUGUAAAAUUAAAUGAUAAUCUGAGUAGAUAUUAUCAUUAAUGAUAAUAUAUUUAGUCAAUCAUCGCUUAUCCUCAGGCACGUUAUAUACAUUAGAGAUAAACCAUAUCCUCUGGGAACUAAUUUAGCAGGGUAUAUUCAGUUCUGGUUUCCAAUUAUCUCUAUGUAUGUCCUUAUGUCCCCUUCUGUUACCAAGACAGCUGACUAUCCUUUUUCUUAGAGACCUAAUAAUAGCAUUAGUGCAACAUUUUAAACUAUUAUAAAAACAGAAUAUUAAACACACAAAAAAACAAAACAAACAAAAAAAAGCUGAGAUUAAUUCCCACCAGUAGAAACUUAGAAAAAUAUAUUAACACUUUUCCAAUUGCAGGAUUAUUCACCUGAGGAAAUUAAAAAUUUACUGACUGACAGACACUCAGUAGCCUAAAAGAACAAUGCAUGUCCAAAAUGUAGUUAAUUUAGUGAUUCUUUUAACUUGGACAUUGUCAAAUAUAUUGUAAAUGUGCAAUAAAGAGUGGCUUUUAAAUUUUUUCAUUGUUAUUAACUAAUUUAAUGUCUGGAAUAAGGAAUUGUUAGAAAUAGGCUUAUGGGUUUAUAGAAAGAAAACCUGCUAUUUAUUUUUAUUUAUUAUUACAGUAAUCCCUGGAAUUAGUUUUCCCUUAUUAAUUUUUUUUUUAAAAAAGGAGAUCUGAAUGAUCCCAGUACAAGAAAGAAUUUGGGUAGGUAUUCCAACGUUAAAAGCGAGAAAACUAAAGCACAGAGAAGUAAGCUUAUUUAUUUCGGUCACUUAGGUGGUCUUUGUGUAACCUAGAACAAAAGGUUUUUUGUUUUGUUUUUUGGGUGUUUUUUUUUUAACAUCUUUUUUGGAGUAUAAUUGCUUUACAAUGUUGUGUUAGUUGCUGCUGUAUAACAAAAGUGAAUCAAUCAGCUGUAUGUAUACAUAUAUCCCCAUAUCUCUUCCCUCUUGCAUCUCCCUCCCACCCUCCCUAUCCCAGCCCUCUAGGUGGUCACAAAUCACCGAGGUGAUCUCUCUGUGCUAUGGGGCUGCCUCCCAUUAGCUAUCUAUUUUACAUUUGGUAGUGUAUAUAUGUCCGUGCCACUCUCUCACUUCGUCCCAGCUUACCCUUCACCCUCCCCGUGUCCUCAAGUCCAUUCUCUACGUCUGUGUCUUUAUUAUGAACUACUAAUUCAACAUUCCUGUGCUGUGAUGUCAUAUAUCUGAUAAUGCAAUAAGUAUAUUUUAACAUAAGGUAGGUAAACCUCUCAUGGCACUAAAAAUACUACCACCAUCCAAACAAAUUGAGAUUGAUCAGGCUUGAACACUUCAGUCUAUGAAAGGUCCAAAUUUGUCAUAAUUACUGACUAUAUUUGAACAAAACAUUUAAUUGACAGUAUGUGAUGUUCUAAUAAAUAUGGAAGAAUGAUACAGCUUUUUAUUCUAACAUUGCCCUUAUUGUGUUUAAAAUUAUAUCUGUGAAAGAAAAUAGUGUACAUU